AUGCACGAUGAGGUCAGUGAAACAGAAAAUAUACGCAAAAAUUUGGCUAUUGAACGUAUGAUUGUAGAUGGAUGUGAUUUAUUGCUUGAUGUCAAUCAAGUAUUUGUACGUCAAGGUACAUUAAUUCAAGUUAUGUGUGACAAAUUACGUUCCUCUCGUCCAAGAUUAGGAAAUUUUGGAUCGUCUUAUCGUGAAAGAAAAGAAGCUGUACGUCAAGUAUUUUUAUUCACUAAUCAUUUAUUGAUUACUGCUCGUACUAAUAAUGGUAAAUUAAGAUUAGUCAAAAACUGUGGUAAAAUCUCAUUGGUUGAAUGUACUUUAGUUGAAGAUACUACAACAGAAUUAUUCAAUGUGGAUGAUGAAGAACAAUUGAAUGUUACAAAUGAACAAAAAUGUCAACAAGACAAUACAUCACACAUGACAAAAAACAAUACAACAUCACUAAAUGUAAAUACUAAUGUUGAAUUAAAUACGCGUAAUUCUAUUCCAAUGAGUACACUUGGUACCACUUCUACUAUUAAUACUACUACAACAAGUAAUAGUAUUAGUAAUACUACAUUUGAAUUAGGUCAACAACUUCCACAGAAUUUACAUAAACGUUACAUAUGUCCAGAUUCAACACUUAAUCGAUAUACCUAUGUAAAUAAAUCAAAUCAAAUGGAUUCAAUAUCAAAGUCUACAACGAUAACAGGUACAGUACAACAACAAUCGAUUCCAUGUCUCUCUCCACAACAUAGACAUUCUACCUCAUUAUGCAUAGGAACUAAUAUUAGUAAUAAUGAGAAUGAUUUACAUGAUGCAAUGACAAACUGUUUUAUUACACCAAUAUGUAGUACGGAUAGUUAUUCUCCUAUUAUUAAUACAAUCGAUGAAGCUCGUGCAGUUUUAGUUACUACUGUUACUACAAUGACAACUACUAAUAUUAUUACUGCCACUACAAUGACACCAACAAUGAACUCUAUUAAUACUUCUUCUUCCUCUAUUCUACAUGGUCGUAAUAAUUCCAAUGUAUCAUAUUCAACAAUAACUUCACCAAUAAUUACAACAAUAAUAACACCAGAUAUAAAUAUUACGAAUUCUAGUCCAUUAUUAACAUCAUCAUCAUCAUCAUGUAUUCAACCGACAAGUCCAUUAUCAUUUUCAAUGUUACAUCGAUUCAGUAGUAAUAUGGGUUUAUUUAAUUCAAUUAACAAUAACAAUAAUAAUAAUACAUGUAUUAAUGACAAAACAGAUUAUGGUAAUUUAGAUUUUCGUUUAAUAUGGGAACCAAAAAAUGGUCAACCAACAAGUAUAUGGCUUGUUGCAUCAACAUUACAAGAGAAAGCUGCAUGGUGUUCUGAUAUUAGUCAAUGUAUUGAACAAUUGCAUUAUGGAGAUAUUUUAAAUUCAGCUCAGUCGGAUGUUUCUUCUGUAGCAAUGCCUCAGUCUAUUCGAUCGGAUCCAAAAUUGUUUAAAGAUGAUGUAGAUAUUAAAUUUAGUCAUACAUUGAAUUCAUGUAAAGUACCACAGAUUCGUUAUGCAACAGUUAGUCGUUUACUUGAUCGACUAACUGAUGCCAGAUUCUUAUCCAUAGACUUUUUGAAUACUUUUCUACUUACCUAUCGUGUAUUUACCACUGGUCUGUCAGUGAUAUGGGCAUUAAACCAAGUUCUAGCAAAUCCGGAUGUAGAAAAUGGUGGAAAUGCACCACAUUCUAAUCAAAAUCAAUCAUUUACAUACUCUCAUUUUGAAAAUCCUGAACAACGUGAUCGAUUAUAUACAGCUAGACCAUCAGAAGUUUCAUUGAAUAUAAAUCGUUUACCUGUUUUAGAAGAAACUGUACAUAGUAACAUGGAUGAUAUAUCAUCAAGUUCAAAUUCUAUUACACAAAUAGAAAAUCAAUUAGAAACUAAUAAUACUACUACUAAUAAUAAUAAUAUAAUCAGUAGUAUAUCAAAUCAAUUAAUGACAAAUUUAUCACUAAACAAACAAGAUUCAUUGAUGAACAAUGAAAUUUCAAUCACUUCAUCUCCAUUACCAACAACAGUUCAUUGUACUACUACUACUACUACUACUACUACUACUACUACUACUACUAAUAAUAAUAAUAAUAAUAAUAAUAAUAAUAAUAAUAAUGUAUCAAUGAAAUUGCAUAAAAAAUCAAUUCCUCGUCCAUUAUCUACAUCAGAAACAGUCAAAUAUUGUUCACCUUCUAUAACAAUAUCAAAUAUCAUGAGUCAAUCAGCAAUCAAUGAUAGUCAUAGUUCAUCAUUAUUAUUUGAUAAACAAUCUAAUAAACAUAUAAUGAAUAGAAGUUUUCAAUCAUCUACAAUUGUUACCAUUCCUAUUCAAACAACAUCUACAACGAUGUUAAUUCCACGUUCACCUAUUUAUAGUAAAUUUGUUGAUUUAAGAGAUGAUCCACCAUUAGAGUUGCCUAUUUUACCAGAUUUAAAAACAACGGAGAAAAAACAAAAACAACCGGAAUUCAAACAAAAAAUAGACAAUAUCACCUCAUCUAAUUCAUCUUCAAUUGAACAAAAUGAAUCUAUGAAUAGUGUCAAAGAGCAUACACGUUUAGCUCCAUUAGCAUCAUGUGAAGUAAUACCAGAUGAAUCGGAGACAAUCAAUAUUAAACAAGAAUCAUUCAAUAAUAAACAAUUAUCUGUAUCUAUAAACAAUAAUGUAAAUAAUAUAGACAAUCAAUAUCAAUCUAAUCCCGGUAUAACAAAUUCUCUCAAUCCUAAUUUACAUAAUAUAACAUGUAAUCAUUUAGAUAAUCAAUUGGAUCAAUGUAGAACUGUGUUCAAUCAAGAGAAACAUUACAAGUUGGAUCAUGUUGAAAUAACAAAACAGGAAGGAAUUAAAACAGGAGAACAAUACAAGCAUAAUUUAUUAGCAGACAUAUCAAAAUCCGAUGUGGCCAUAUCCAUUUCAUAUGAAAAUCAGCCAACUGAACAUUUUAAAUAUCCACCAACUGAAGAGAUUGAUUCUAAGAAUGUUACAAAGACAAAUGAGGAAAGUUUAGAUCAAUUAACGAUGUUGACUAAUCAACAACAAUUGAGUUUUCUUCAUUGGCCAUCUAAUAAUCUUAAUCAUAGCAACAACAAUAAUAACAAUAAUAAUAGUCAGUAUUCAAAACUAACAAAAUCUCCAUCAUCAAUUAAUUAUUCAAAUGAUAAUAAUCGAUUAUUAGAGAGUUAUUUAAAUCAAACUAUUGGUUCAUCAUUACUGGCAGCAGAAACCAAUACAGAUCGGAUACAAUCACGAAGAAGUUUUGCUAAAGUUCCCGAAGAUAAUAUACAACAACAAGUACCAUUGGAUCGUCAAAAACAAUUAAAAGAUACUACUGAAUUAUCAAAUCAUACUUCAAUGAAACAAUCAACAAUCAUGUUAAAAUCAUCAUCAUUAACAAUCAAUAAUACAACCAAGUAUUAUCCAGUUGCUGAGAGUUUAGAUUUAGCUACACGAUUAACAAUUUUAAAAAAAUCCCCUAAAUCAUUUACAGCAUGUCAAUCAUUAGCAAAACAUACAAUGAUUGCAGCAUUAAAUUGUUCUGGUGCAUUUGUACAUUUAAAACCAACCACAAUAAUACAAUAUCCAAUUCAUCAAUCAUCCAAUGAUGAACAUAAUAAUCAUAAUCAUAAUCAUACCCAAUUAAAAUAUUUAGAUAAUUAUUUACAAUGUAAAAAUAUAAUGAUUCGAUCAUCUCCAUCAAGUCCAAAUAAGUAUUCAACAGAGAUUUGUUCAGAUAUUAAAAAUGCGAAACAUUGUGGUACCUCUCAAGAAAGCGAGAACACUGAUAUAGAUUCAUUCAAAACUGGUAAACAUGUUUCUACGAAAUCCACUGAUGUUUUAGAAACUUCAACAAACAUUAAACAGUCAAUUCAAAGUCAUAACAAACAGACUGGAGUAGUCAAUUCGAAUCAAACAACAAAUGAAUUGCGUCAAACUAUUCGAAAAGUCAAUGGAAAAGAAAUGGACCAUUUAGAUGAAAAUAAACCAUCCUUGGAAACAAUCAAUUCAUUAUCAUCAAAUAACAUUCAACGAAUUUCAGAUAUAAUGUUGAAAGAUAGAAAAGAUUCACUUAUUCCUCAACAAUUAGGAAUUGUUGACUGUGCCAGAGGAUCUGUAGUAUCAUGGUCCGGAGUUUCAAAUGUAUCAAAACCUAAACGUCCAUCAGUGUUCUCAUGCCCUGAAGCAGAAAUUGAAUCACCUAGAUCAAGUGUUAUAAAUCCAUCUCUUAAUGAAUUAGCUUCUAAUAAACGAACUCGACCAGGAGCAGUGGUCACUUCAUCUAGAAGAUCAAAACGACGAUCGAGUAACACAGCAGCUGCUCAAGCAUUUGCAGUCGCAACAGCGGGCAGUGCUAAUCCUCUAGCUGCAGUCGGAAUUAUGGGUUUAGGACCAAAUCUUUUUCGUUCCAGUGGUUAUCGUUUCACUGCUGGUACAGCGACUUCUGUAGCUUCACAAACUGGUCUAAGAUCAGGCCUAAUUCCUCAUUCCAAUACUUCUAUUGGUAACAUUACUAAUAGUUCAAUUAUCAAUAGUGGUGGUAGUAAUAAUAGUAGUAAUGUUAUGUCUACAGUUUUAAUCAGUCGUUCACAAAUUCAAAAUACUCCUAACUAUACUUAUCCACUAUCUCCUGGUAUUUCUAAUAAAGUAAUGUCACCAACAACCAUGGGAACAAAUGGAACAGUAGUAACAACAACAAUAAUGACUUCAUCAAUGGUAUCAACAACACCGACAGCAAAUACUACAUUUCGUUUAAAUUUAAAUAAGAGUGGACUGAAUCUAAUUACAACAUCAACACCAGGAACAAUAACAAAUACUAAUUCAAUAUCAACUAACAAUACAUUCAAUUUUCAUCCGUAUAAUUUAACCAGUCCAACUUUAUUACAAUCAUCAUGUCUUGGUGUUGGAUCCAGUACAGGGCAUUGUACAAAUCAAGCAAAAAGAAAUACAAUGUUAGCGACAGCAUCAUGUUUACGUGUAUUGAAUGUUGUAAGACAUUGGAUAACUAAAUUUCCAGAUGAUUUUGAAAGUGAUCCGGUUUUAAAACGAGAAAUGCAAACUCUAUUAGAUACUUUAGUCACUUGUCCUCAUUUAAUGCCUAAUGAUCAAAAAGUAGUUAAUCAAUUAUUACUUCAAAUGAUUUCUGAUCAAUUAGUACAAGAUAGAAUUGAUCUUGAUAGUAUAUUAACUCCAAGACAAAUCCCAUCAGAGAAAAAUUUUGAUCAACUAUCUGCAUUGGAUAUUUCAGAACAAUUAACUUUUCUCGAUUUUCAAAUAUUUCGGUCAAUACGUAGCGAGGAAUUACUUAAUCAAUCUUGGAUGAAAUUAGACAAAGAAGAGAAAGCUAAACAUGUUCUGCUUGUUUGUAAACGAUUCAAUGAGGUUAGUCGCCUAGUUGUUUCUGAGAUUAUAUCACGAACAGAUUUAAAUGAUCGAGUUAUGUGUAUUGAUAAAUGGGUUGCUAUCGCUGACAUUUGCCGGUGUAUGCAAAAUUAUAAUGGUGUAUUACAAAUAUGUUCAGCAUUAGUCAAUAGUUCUGUAUAUCGACUUAAACGUACCUGGGAACGUGUUAGUAAACAAACAAAACAAUCAAUUGAUCGUUUACAAAUGCUUGUUGCAUCCGAUGGACGGUUUAAAUCAAUGCGUGAAGCUUUACAUAGAUGUGAUCCUCCUUGUAUUCCUUACCUUGGAAUGUAUUUAACGGAUUUAUCAUUUAUUGAAGAAGGUGCAUUGAAUAUUACAGAGAAUAAUUUGGUCAAUUUUUGUAAAAUGCGUAUGAUAGCUCAUGUGAUACGUGAAGUUCAACAAUAUCAUCAAACACCAUAUCUUAUAACGCAUAGACAAGAAGUUACUGAUUAUCUAUUAGAUCCAUCAAGAUUACUUGAUGAAGAACAAACUUAUCAAGCAUCAUUAAUUAUUGAACCAAGACAAUCGAUUAAUCGACAAUCUUUAUCAGGAUUUACAUAAUCAAUCAAUCAAUAAUAUGACAUGGAAACUAGAAAUCAAGAUAUUGAUUAUUUUCUAUAUAUUUAAAUAAAUAUAAAUGUAUCCAUAAUGAUUAAUGAAUUAAUUGCCUUGUUGUCAAGUGUUUGUUUUAUUUUUUAUUUUCUUUCCAAACUAUAUUCUUUCUUGAUUGUUUUCUUUUGUACUUCUCUUUUAUAUCAUUUAAAUGUAUUAAAAAAACAAAAGGAGUACUUUAUUUGAAUUUAGUUACUAAGUCAAUAUGUUUGCAUUGAUAUGUGAUUGGAAAACAGAAAAAAAAGUGAUUUAUGUUUAUCAUCUUUGAUUUCUUUAUUGAUUGAGGGUUUGUUUUUUCUGUUUAUUAUGUAAUCAUUAUUUGUGAUUUGUCAAUAUGACCAUUGUACAUUCCAUAAUACACUCUUUUUUUUAAAAAAUUCUAGGCAGUUUUCUUUUUUUGUUGCUUUGGUUUUGCACAUAAAUGUCAUUUUCAUUUGGAUUCUAUAAGAAGAAAGUUAACUACUAUCUAUUACAUAAUAAUAGUAAUAGUUAUAACUAGUUAUCUUUAAUUGUUUUUUUCUCUCUGAUCAUUCUUUCAUCUAUGGUUUAUCUAGUUUAUUUUCAUUGUAUGUGUGCUCAUACCCUCUUGACCAUCAAUAUGAUCAGCCCCCCCCCACUCUCUCUACAUAUAUAUGUAUAAGUUUCUUUAGAUUAUUUCCUUUUGUCUGUUUCUAUGCAACAUUCCAUUAGUGGUUUUAAUUUGUUCAAAGAAAAGAAAUGAGAAAACAAAAUACUUUUUUCCAUGGAUCAGAUUAUAAAUUGCCAAAUUUCUUAUUGUUUCUCCCUCUCUCUCUCUUUCGUUAUUAUUUUUGUCACAUUUGAUCAUUGAAAAGGCGCCAUUUUCAAAUUACCUUUCGAAUCAAAUAUGCUGCAUUUUAUGUUGUAUUCGUUGUUGUUGUUGCUAUGCUUAUUUUUUGUUGCUAUGUCCCUUUUCGUAUAUAUAGAUAUAUGUAAUUGUAAACAUGUUUAAUAAUAAACAUCGUAUUAAGUGUUAAACUAUUUUAUUUAUGUGUAAUUUUGUAAGUUUGAUAGUUUACUAUUAAUUGAAUUCAGUUUUGUGAUAGAAAUAUACAUACAUAUAUGGUCCAUGCCAACUUCUUAUUUAUUUCCCCGGCUGAUAUUCCUUUUUUUUCUUUUUUUUUGCUUUUCUUUUCGUUCUUUUCUCAAGAAUAUUAUUUCACUUUUCUUCAGAGAUAUCAGAUAAUUUUUAUUAUUAUGAUUAUAUAGAUAGAUAGAUAGAUGGAUAUUUGAUUGUUUUAUUGAAUAGAGAGAAAAAAUGAGAGAGAAAAAUAAAAAAGAAGAAAAAAACAAAAAAAGAAAAGAUAAUUUUAAUCUUAUUUUUAUGUUUCUAUAGAAGAGAUUUAAGAACAG